AUGGAGACCAACACUGAAACUAACAACGCAGGGGUGCAGGUGCGGGACGACCUCGCUGAGAAGUGUCAGAAACUGUUCCUGGAGUUUCUGGAGGAGUUUCAGGACAAAACUGGUGAACCUUUGUAUUUGGCUGAGGCUCAGGAGCUGAUCCGACCAGAGAGAAACACUCUGACUGUCAGCUUCACCAACAUCGAACACUACAAUCAACAACUGGCAACCACAAUUCAGGAGGAAUUCUACAGGGUGUACCCAUUUCUAUGUAGAGCAGUACGCCACUUUGCCCGGGACCAUGGAAACAUACCACCGUCCAAAGAGUUCUACGUGGCAUUUUCUGAGUUUCCUUCAAGGCAGAAAAUCCGUGAGCUGUCCACGGCACGCAUCGGCACUCUGCUACGUUUUAGUGGGCAGGUGGUGCGUACACACCCCGUUCACCCAGAGCUGGUGAGCGGAACCUUUCUCUGCCUCGACUGCCAGUCUGUCAUCAAGGAUGUGGAGCAGCAGUUUAAAUACACACAACCCUCCAUCUGCAAGAAUCCUGUGUGUGCCAAUCGACGCAGGUUCAUGCUGGACACCAACAAGUCACGUUUUGUUGAUUUUCAGAAGGUGCGGAUUCAAGAGACUCAGGCGGAGUUACCACGAGGCUCAAUCCCUCGCAGUGUGGAGGUGAUUCUGAGGGCAGAGGCCGUGGAGACGGCGCAGGCCGGAGACCGCUGUGACUUUACUGGGACUCUUAUCGUAGUACCUGAUGUUUCUGCAAUGGCGCUCUCAGGCACAAGGGCUGAAACCAGCAGCAGAGUGACUGGAAAGGAAGGCUUUGAGGCUGAUGGGAUCCAGGGUCUGAAGGCUUUGGGAGUUCGAGAGCUGUCCUACAGACUGGCCUUUCUGGCAAAUUACGUUGCACCCACAAAUCCCAGGUUUGGAGGUAAAGAGCUGCGCCAGGAAGAUCAGACGGCUGAAAGUGUGAAGAAUCAGAUGACCGUCCAGGAGUGGGAGAAGGUGUUUGAGAUGAGCCAGGACAAGAACCUCUACCACAACCUCUGCACCAGCCUCUUCCCUACUAUCCAUGGUAACGAUGAGAUCAAACGUGGGAUAUUGCUUAUGCUUUUUGGUGGUGUCGCCAAGACCACCUUGGAGGGAACUUCUCUAAGAGGAGACAUUAAUGUCUGCAUCGUCGGUGAUCCCAGUACCUCAAAAAGCCAGUUUCUCAAGCACGUUGAGGACUUUGUGCCCAGGUCGGUGUACACCAGCGGUAAAGCCAGCACUGCUGCUGGUCUCACAGCCGCUGUGGUCAAGGAUGAGGAGUCACACGAGUUUGUCAUCGAGGCUGGAGCUCUCAUGCUGGCUGAUAACGGAGUUUGCUGUAUUGAUGAGUUUGACAAAAUGGACCUUAAGGACCAAGUAGCCAUUCAUGAAGCUAUGGAGCAGCAGACCAUCAGCAUCACCAAGGCUGGCGUGAAGGCUACACUGAAUGCCCGCACCUCUAUCUUGGCAGCGGCCAAUCCUAUUGAUGGCAGGUACAAUCGUGCCAAGUCUCUGAAGCAGAAUGUAAACAUGUCUGCCCCAAUCAUGUCCAGAUUUGACCUUUUCUUCAUUCUGGUGGAUGAGUGCAAUGAGGUAACAGAUUAUGCCAUCGCAAGGCGAAUUGUAGACCUCCACGCCAGGAAUGUAGAGUCGGUUGAACGUGUAUAUGCCGCUGAAGAUAUACAGAGAUACAUACUGUUCGCCAGACAGUUUCAGCCAAAGAUCACCCCAGAAGCGCAGGAGUUUGUGGUAGAACAGUAUAAGCGGCUGCGUCAGAGAGAUGGCGGUGGCACCACUAAAUCAGCCUGGAGAAUCACGGUCCGGCAGCUGGAGAGCAUGCUGCGGCUAUCCGAGGGCAUGGCUCGGCUCUACUGCUCAGACGAGGUUCAACCUAAACAUGUCAAAGAAGCUUUCCGACUCCUGAAUAAAUCGAUCAUUCGAGUUGACUCUCCUGAUAUCAACUUUGAUCAGGAGCAAAAAGAUGAUAUGAAUGGUCAUAAUGAGUUGUUGGACAAGGAGGUAGGGGGACAGAACGGUGUUGCUGCUGACGCAGUGGAGCCCAUGGACACCGGCAAGACAGAACAGCAGGAGAAGACGGCCACGGCCAAACCGGCUCUCCGAAUGUCUUUCGCAGAGUACCGUCGAAUCUCCAACCUGCUCGUGCUACACAUGCAGAAAACAGAACAAUUGGAUGAAGAGUCGUCUCUAAAGAAGAGUGAGCUCAUCAACUGGUACUUAAAGGAAAUUGAGAGUGAGAUCGAGUCCGAAGCUGAACUCAUUGCCAAGAAGAAUAUUGUUGAGAAAGUGUUGCACCGAUUGGUCCAUUAUGAUCAUAUCAUCAUAGAGCUGACAAAAACCGGCCUGAAAAAGGUAACGGAUGAAGGAGACGAGCCUGUGGAGGAGGAAGACCCUUUCCUAGUAGUCAACCCCAAUUACAUGUUGGAAGACUAGUGAAUAGUGGUUUUGUUUUUUCUCCCCAUGUUUGCUGUCUUUAUUCUAUUGUUUAAAAAGUGGUAAUAAAUA